CACAGGUGUUUCUGCAGUCUCCUGUUUGUUUUUUUGAGAAAAGACACUAUGUAUCCCAGGCUGGCCUUUAACUUGCUACAUAGCCAAAGAUGAGCUUAGACUUUUGUUUGUUUAUUUGUUUGUUUGUUUGUUUUUGAGACAGGGUUUCUCUAUGUAGCCCUACCUGUCCUGGAACUUGAUUUGUAAACCAGGCUGGCCUUGAACUCUGAGAGCCCCCCUGUCUCUGCCUCCUGAGUGCUGGAAUUAAAGGGGUACCCCACCACCUCCCGGCCAGCCAACUUUAAAACUUCUGAGUCUCCUGCCUUCCCUGCCACCCUGUCCCAUGUCCCGGGGCAGUGGGGUGGAGCCAUCAUGGCUACCUCACACCCUGGCCUCUCUUGAAUAUGCUCACAUCCAGCAGAAGGCUGUCCUCUGAGAGGAGCCACUAGCAUGGGGAGGAGCAAGAGGUGACAGAUGAAUGAGAGGGUACACCCCUGAGCUGGGGGGAAAUGGGAUCUGAGAGUGAAGAUCACAGUUCUGCCAGGACUGCCUCAAAGCCAAGAGUACAGGUCCACAGUCCACAGAAAACUCCCCGAGCGUCUGCCUGUCACCUGCAGUGCUGGGCGGUGGGAACAGUGAGGGGGCACCCAGCAUCCUUACUCCUCCCUGUUCACUUAGAGUUCACAGUCAGACACAAGUGGGUUUGCUUUCUUUAUGUAUGUAUGUAUGUAUGUAUGUAUGUAUGUAUGUGCGUGCAUAUGUAUGUAUGCACAUAUGUAUUAUGUGUAUGUAUGUAAGUAUGUAUGUAUGUACAUAUGUAUGUAUAUAUGUACAGUGUUCUGCCUGCAUGUAUGCCUGAACACCAGAAGAGGGCGCCAGAUCCCAUUAUAGAUGGUUGUGAGCCAUCAUGUGGUUGUGGGAAUUGAACUCAGGACCUCUGGAAGAGCAAUCAAUGCCCUCAACCUCUGACCCAUCUGUCCAGCCCUAUUUAUUUGUUUGUUUAUUUGUUUGUUUAUUUGGAUUGUUUUACUAUCUGGCCUGGGCGGGCCUUGAACUUGAGGUAAGCCUCCUCCCUCAACCUCCCGAGUCCUGAAGGCUAUCACAUCUGGCAAGACCCAGGUAAAAAUCCUAAGCACUAGUUAAGUGCCACAAGAGGCCUUGAACUUGUCAUUUUGGGGAGCAGUGUGUUCCUGUCCCUGUGGAUACUGCACUCCCUCCAGUCACAAUCCUCCACGUCAGAUCUUUGCCACUCACUACGAACAUCACUUUAGUCAACUCAGAGUGACAGAAGCCUAUCAUGACCAGCUAGAGGUCAGCAGAACUCGAAGGCCUGGGCAGUGCUAAGCUGUCACACACAAGCCUGGGUCCAGCCUGAGCUACAGUUAGGUGGUGAUGUGAGUCCAGUUAGGGAUUAGGUGGUGGUAAGGCAGUCAGAGCCACAGAGGCCAGGCGAGCCUAUCUAUCUAUCUUCAAGCCCACCUCAGCCACCUGUGCCUGCUCACCACACACACCAGGAGGUGCCCAGUGUCACCUGAAGCAGCCACUCUUAAACCCUUGGUUUACUAGGAGCCCAGCACUUUGCAAGAGCUGGUGAGGCAGUGGUGAACCAGACACAGUCCCGGUCCCCAAGAAGCCAGUCUGGCAGAAAGGAAAAGUUUACAUAAAACCAUGACUUAAUCUGUCAAAACCACUUUCACUUAGAUACAAGAAAGUUUCACUUAGGUACAAGAAACCGAACCGGUAAGAAAAGGGGCUGCCUCAAGACGACAGCCAGCCAGGCCAAGGCAGGAACUCUGAUUGGGUACCACUUCCACGUCUUUGCUCCUUUUCCAACUCCUCAAAUCCCUCAUCCCCUCUUCCAAGAAGAAUCUUCCUCCCACACCCAGGGCUCCCUCAGUUCCCAAUCCAGCCCCUUUGGAGGCAGGAAUCACAGCCAUUUCCUUCCCAAUCAAGGCACCCAGGACUGGAAUCCCCCGGUAUCAAGGAGCGGCUGAUUCAAUAUCUCGCUUAUUGACUUUGGUAGGAGCACGGGCUCCUCCGUGUGUUGCUCUCACUGGGCUGCAGCGCUCCUGUGGCCCCGGAAGGAGCGCGCACUCCUGGAUGCCCAGUUCACAGACCAGGCGAACUCAGGACCUGAGGGAGGAGGAUCAAGGCUCCUACCUCUCGCAGGCUUCUCUUCCGGGAGUCCAGGUCGCUACCGGUGACUUCACCGGAGCGGAUAAGGAAAUCACCAGCUUCCCGCAUGCCAGAGAUGUUGCCCCAAAUGCAGCCAGCUUUGGGGCGCUUCGAGGCUUGCACCCUGAACACCUCUUGCGCACCCGCGUCUGCAGACAACCGGGAGGUGUUGCUGACCUUUCGGCUACCGGCUCCCGCCAAGGCGCGCGCCAGGCUGGGGACCCCCGGGGGCCCCGCGAGCUAUCUUCUCCGGACUUGAGCCUCUGCGCGCUGUCCUUCCAUUCCCCCGACCCCCGGCGUUCCCUGCCCCGCGCGCUACCUGAUCUGCACCCCAGCUCCGCCCCUUGCGGGUCGCGCUUCUGGAGCUGGGUGGCUGCCGCUGUCGCCUCCGGGUCCCGUCCCGCCCAGCUGGUGACCCCCACCUCCAUCACCUGCCCAGUGUUCCGGCACCGCUCCGCGGUGUCCCCACGUCGCUCUCUCCUCCCGUCGCUAGUGGGAACUUCAGGUCUGACACCCCGGCACCCACUUCUUCGAGGUCGGAUUUGUGAGAAGGCAAAAGAGGAGGAAGGGACCUCGCAUAGAGCCGCAUAGAGCGGCGUCGGAUGAAGCGAGCUGAUGAAGUGAGAGCGUAGACCGACUGUGGGAACUGAGGAUCAGAGGACUGGCAGUUGGCAGGUCUCGUGUAUGGAUGUCCAGUAUCAAAGCCUGCAGCCAGAGCACGGAGGACCUAUCCCGAGGAGAAAUAACACACCAAAAGUGGUCUACGAAAUGACUGGCAACAUGAUAUGUGUCAGCUACAAGGGUAGGCCGCAGGUCCCCAACAUACAACUGGCAGUAGAAAGGAAAAUGUGUUAAAAGAGUUUUGUUAAGAUAUAUUUUGUGGGCUGGAGAGAUGGCUCAGUGGUUAAGAGCACCGACUGCUCUUCCCAAGGUCCUGAGUUCAAAUCCCAGCAACCACAUGGUGGCUCACAACCAUCUGAAACGAGUCUGAUGCCCUCUUCUGGUGUGUCUGAAGAUAGCGACAGUGUAAUCAUAAUAUAUAAUAAAUAAAUAAAAAUAUUUAAAAAAAAGA